CAAAGAGAGGAGAGGGUUUCUGCUUGCAGUCACUGCCAUCUCGAAAUACACCAGUCUUGUCGAGUUCCAAGAUAUCAAUCAUGUCCCUGAAUAAAGGCUGCCGAAGUACCUCGGCAUGUUCAAGGUAGGUCUCCUCAUUUGGUAACGAUAUAUCACGUAGCUCUUUCCUCGGGCCAUUCUCCAACAGACCUUUGCCUCGUACACGGCAAUCAUGGCACCAAACGACCGCAUCUCUCAAAUCGCAUCCCAUCUCAACUACCCUCGUGGCCUUCUUGCCGGCCAAGUCGCCAUUGUCACAGGAGCAGGCCAAGGCAUCGGAGCAGAAACAGCAAGACUCUUCGCCAAUGAAGGAGCCAAAGUCGUCAUCUCAGACAUUGAUGCCGACAAAGCCAAUGCUGUUGCCAAAUCCAUCAACGAGAGUGGAGGCAAGGCAUUAGCUGUCGCUGGAGAUAUGCUAGACGAUGCCUACCUCACGACCUUGAUCUCAAAGACUGCCAAGUUUGGCGAGGGCAAGAUCCACAUCAUUGUCAACAAUGCAGGCUUCACCUGGGACGGUGUAAUCCACAAGACAACAGACAAGCAAUGGGACACCAUCAUGUCCCUCCACGUCUCCGCUCCCUUCAAACUCGUCCGUGCCGCCGCCCCCUACUUCCGCGUCAAGGACAAGGCCCCCAGAAACAUCAUCAACAUCUCCUCAACCUCCGGCCUCCACGGCAACGCGGGCCAAGCCAACUACGCAGCCGCCAAAGCCGCAGUCACCGGCCUCACAAAGACAAUCGCAAAAGAGUGGGGUCCAGCUUUCGGUGUCCGCUGCAACACGGUAGCAUUCGGUCACAUUGCGACGAGGUUGACGGCGGCGAAGGAGGAAGGUGCAUUCGUGACCACUCCAGAUGGUGAAAAGAUUGCUCUGGGUAUUCCUGGGGCGCAGAAGAAGGGUAGAGAAGAGGGUGCUGGUGCUUUCAAGGAUAUUCCGCUGGGUAGACCUGGUACUGCUACAGAGGCUGCUGGUGCUAUUUUGGGUGUUGUGAGUCCUUACUUUUCAUAUGUCAGUGGGCAGACCAUCAGUGUGACUGGUGGCCGUAACAUUUAGGAGAGACAUCGAGUCUACACUAUACGUAUUCCAAUCCUAGU